AAAUUAACCUAAAAAAAUGUUCUUAACAAACGUUUUAUUAAAACGAGUUAAAAGCAAGAGUAUUAUGGUGCAAAUGGAAAGUAUGGUGAGUGGGCACACUUUUAAUAAAAUUCGGGAUCGUUUGGCAGAUAAAUUAGAGGUUAUAAAAUUCGAUCCUUUCAUUCAACGAACGAGUUUAUACAGAGAAAAGAAGAAAAUUAGGAGUAUUAAAUAAUAUGUUUUUGGGCAAUAUUAAAACAUAGAGUUUGUGAUGUAAUAAUAAUAGUAAUAAAACAAUUUAAUUUUAA